AUUUCUGUUAUUCUCAGAUGUCGAGGGAUUGCGAGUAAGGACAUCCGCGUUAACUUCCUUGUCAUGGUGAACUACAUGACUCUCGUCUUCAAGUGCCAAAGCGUGCGCCUCAAGACUGGUCUUCGCUUAACAGACAUCUACAAGAAAGAAAUUCAACACAACACUUCAGUUGGGUCGAUCUCUUAUCGAAGCUUUGCGGAAUGGCACUCAAUCGGCUGCAAGUUCAUUGCCAUCGCCUGCGGUGGUUCCAUUUAUUCCUUGGUACUCAUCGCCGGUCUGGGCCUCAGGGUUGCCGUUGCGUCCAUGGUAGGGACUGUGCACUUGAAUCUAGCAAAUAUGCUACGUUCGCCACCACAAAAUUCUCCUCAAAGAAGUCUCAUUAUGGAAUACAUAGCACCCACGAUCGCACGCAUGCGUCUAAUGCACCCCAUCGCUUUGGACACAAUGUUCUCUCCUGCACUUAUUGCUAGAUUCACAGUGUCAAAGUCAGUUGACUGUACAGACCUCUCAGCGUCUGAUUGUUUCUUUGAUGCCAUAAUCCAAAAUGCAUUUGUUCCCCUCCGCAGAAGCAGGCAUGUUUGGAGGUCAUGCAUCAAACCUGUUCCAAGCGAUUUGGACAGAAUUCAAGUACAGGCUUUGAGCCAUGAGGAGUUUUACAGCUCAAGUCGUCCUUACAGUCCACUGCUGUCUGACGUAGAGGACGACGAAAUUGAGCACAUAGUCAUCAAGACUUCUUAUGAUCCGCUGAAACCUGAGAAUCAACGCCUCAAGGCGCCUCAAAACAAAGCAGAUAAUAAUAUCUGGAGUGCGAAAGAAAGGUCUCGGGCUGAAGCAGGUGAGCGAGUGAGAAGCAUUGAAGGUUUGAAGAUGAAGCUUGCCAAACUUUACCACAAAGGCAUCAAGAGAACACAGGAUGCAUACUUGCGUAUUCCAAUGCAUAUCAUACCAAAUCACCAUUUGGAGUUACGUAAUGCAGAUGGUUCACUCAUGGCCUUUGUGUCAACAGCUCUACCUGCUCAUAUACGUUCUACUCUCGAAGUAAAUCUUUUGGCAGCGUUGGAAAGCCCAGACCUGCUAGUAGAGACGGAUACUCAGUUGCAUGGAAGUCAAACCUUUCAAGCAAUGCACCUAUCUUGGUACAAUAGACAUUGUACCUCUGGUCAUAAGGCUCCAACAAAUGUCCAACCAUGGCUAUUAGAAAAAGAAGGCAUGCGCACUAAUCACUCGCAGGUGAUUCCCUACCUUUCCAAAGAUUUACAUCAACACCGUCGCAUCUACCAUACAAUUUCAAAGUUAUAUGAAGAGUUGUUUGAGUGGGUUCGAAAAUUGAUGGAGACUUAUCUGCAGGAGGAGUUCGAGCUGCUGAUGGAAGUGGCAGCAGUCUUGCCUGGAAACUGCUCUCCCCCCGUCUCACCCUUUAUAUCGUUGGUCAUCAACAUCAAUGUGCGUACGAAAGCCCAU